AUGGCAGCAGCAGCGCCAUCAUCGAAGAAACGGCUUGUCCACCAACUCGACACGCCCUUCUCUACUUCCUCAUGGUGCAGUACAUCUGAUUUUGGCAGGCCUGUGAUAUCAAUAGACGACCAAGAUUCCAUCCUGGAGCUCCUCUGCCAGUAUGCAUAUCCCCCUCCGCAUUUGAAACCACCAAACACACAUCGCAGACUGCACAUCAAGCCCUCCAAGGGAAAGCGAGCCGCCAAGAGGGAGAAGAAGACCAAGAUGAAGGUGGAUGAGCUUUCAGACUCCAUCAAGAUGGAGGCUCCGCCACUUCCAGAGCUCAGCGCAAGCGUGGAUAUCGGCUUCAAUUCCAUUACCAAAACCCUCGGAUCUCUCACGCAGCCAUCCGACGGGACGGCUCACUCCACCAAGGGCUAUUCCAUGGUUUUCGUCGCCAGGGGUAGCCAGUCACCAGCCUUCAACAACCACUUCCCACAGAUGGUCGCCGCCGCGUCGCGAAACCUGCCGGACAAGGAGAAGAUACGGCUCGUCGGCUUCUCCAAGCCGUGUUCCGAGAGACUGGGCAGUGUCCUUGGCAUACCGAGGGUCUCAUCAGUGGCUAUUUCGCCGCAUGCGCCGGGGGCAGACGCGCUAUUUGCUCUUGUCCAGAGCACGGUGAGCCCAGUUGAGUCGCCGUGGCUUAACGAGGCGGCUGUCACAACGUACAAGCCAACUCGGAUUGCCUCCCUGGAAACGACUAUAGGAGCUAAACGCGUGAAAUGA